AUGUCCCACUUAAAGAAAUUCGAACGCAAGGUCGAACGCAAAGUCGAGAAGCUUGAACACAGACUCUCGCACGACGCCCACCAGCAGCAGAAAGGCCAACCCUCCGGCAAAAUGCAGGGCAAACCCGGCCCCAAGGCAGAGAAUGAGGUGACGAAGACGAUCCAGGUCCACAACCGUCCCGAUGAGUGGAAGAUCGAGCAGGGUAUCAAUGCCGCCAAGCUGCCGUUCCUGGAUCAAACGGGUCCCGAGAACGUCUACAUCCACCCCAAGGUGUGGGAUGGUAAGAUGACCAAGGACGAGGCGGCCAUCAAGGCGGUUGGCAACCCGGACAAGUUGUUUCCUCGCGAGCUCGAGGGAUGGAAAGGAUAUGUCGAGUGGGAGGAAUACCCCGAGAGGAAGAAGGCCGCCCACAAGAUCCUCACCUCCCAGGUCUUCCCGCCCAACCCUGAGUUCCAGAUGGGCCCUAUCCCCGACUCCAACCCCGUGCUGCCCGGAACGCACUGGAAGCAGUGGCAUCACGCCGUUGGUGGUGAGCUGACGGACGUGCCCGAAGACUCGUGGAACACCGUCCUGAAGGAGAAGCACCCCGAGAUGCUCCAUCUGCUGCAAUUCCCUUACAACGGCGAGCCUCCGAAGCGACUCACCACUGCCCAGCCAGUGACGCCUAACCCGCUUCACUUCGUCCGGAAUCACGGCGGUAUCCCGUUGAUCGACAAGGACAAGUUCUUCUUGAAGCUGGACGGUCUGGUCAAGAACCCGAAAACAUAUACCAUGGAUGAUUUGAUGGAUGAAUCGAAGUUCCCUCGCAUGAAGAAGAUGAUUACCAUGCAGUGUUCCGGAACGCGUCGUAUCGAGCAGAUCACCCUCUACGCUGGUCAGGGUGACGAGGUCCCUCAGGCCCCUUGGGCUGAAGGUGCCAUCGGAACCGCCGAAUACGUCGGUAUCAGCUUGAAGAAGGUCAUCAAAGACUGUGGCGGUCUUCUGGAGGGCGGCAAGCACCUCGAAUUUUACGGCGCCGAAACCUACUUCAAGGCCGACGAAGCGAUGAACUACGUUGUCAGCGUGCCCUGGUCCAAGGUCAAGGCCAACGAAGUAAUGCUUGCCUGGGAGAUGAACGGCGAACCCCUCCCGAAGAUCCACGGCUACCCCCUGAGAGUGAUGGUGAUGGGAUACAUUGGUGCUCGUAGUGUGAAGUGGCUGUACCGGAUCAAGGCCAUCGAGACCCCCAGUCUGGCACCCGUUCAGAGCAAGGAAUACCUCUACUUCAACCAGCAGGUUGGCAAGCACAACCAGCGCCCCACGGACGGUAUCCAGAUCCAGGAGAUGCCGGUCAGCUCUGCCAUCAUGUCCCCAUGGAAGAACCAAGUCGUGAUCCACAACGGCAAGAUCCGCUGCAAGGGCUGGGCCUACUCCGGUGGUGGCAGGUGGCCCGAGCGCGUGGAGCUCUCCUCGGAUGGCGGUUUCAGCUGGUACGCCGUGCCGCUCGAGAACAUGUCCGAGAAGGGCCAGUGGACCUGGCGUACCUGGGAGAUCGACCUGCCCUGCGACGUGGAGGGAUGGAUCGAAAUUGUGUGCCGUUGCUGGGAUAACGCUUUGAACACGCAGCCCCUGGCUGUCCGUGCUGCAUGGAACUGGGGUCUGCACGUUACUAGUUCCGCGCACAGAAUCUCCGUCUACAGCAUCAACAAGACCCGGCCCUUGACUGCGGAGCGUAUCGAGAUGCUCAAGGCUCAUGGCCAGCCUCUUGCCCCCAUCACAUGGCCCGAGGAGCUGCAGACCCAGUCCUGGGAUGACUACAAGGACUUCUUCAAGAAGUACCCCAGAGAUGCUGAUAAUGAGGCAGUUUAG